CAAUAAAAUAUAAUCACAUCUCUCUAUCCAAUUUUAAAUCACAUAUAUAAAUUAUUUUUAAUACAUAAAAUAAAUUGAAAAUAAGUCUUGAUGAUCUCAACAUCAAUUGACCGGUCAUAAAAUAUUUUCAUAAUAAAAUUGAACAUAAACACACACUAGGAACAAACACUAUAUUGAUUUAAAAAAAAAAAUCCAAAGAAAUAAAUGGUUUGUGAUCUAAGAAGUUGGAGAUAGAUAGAUGCAUCUCCACUAAGAGCAAAAUGUUUGUUUUUAAACAGAAUAUGUGUCCACACGAAACACAAUACUCUAAUUAGGAGAUGCAAAUUGCAUGUAAACACUAAUUCACCCAAUAAAUUCGAAAAACCUACCAAAUAAUAAAACUUACUAAUGUUGUUUCUCUUCAUCCAAACUUUUCUGCGUGUAUUAUUAUUUAUUAUCAUAUACAAGAUUUUUUUUAAAUAUUAGAAAUAUCUUAUUUGUAUGCAAAUAUUAUUAUAUAAGUAAAGAUGUAUAUCAUAAUGUAUGUAUCCUUUAUGUGUCUCUAUUAUAACGUGGAUCAAGAUUCUUUCUUAUCUUCAUCACUCCACACAUUUUCUUGUCUUCAAACUCACACAAAGAAAAGAAAAAAAAAUCUCCAAAGCUCAAAAAAAAUGACUCGACCGUCAAGAUUACUUGAGACGGCGGCGCCGCCACCACAACCGUCGGAGGAGAUGAUCGCAGCGGAAUCCGACAUGGUAGUGAUCUUGUCGGCUCUUCUUUGCGCUCUUAUAUGUGUAGCUGGCCUCGCCGCCGUCGUACGUUGCGCUUGGCUCCGGCGGUUUACCGCCGGAGGAGAUUCGCCGUCACCGAACAAAGGCUUAAAAAAGAAAGCUCUUCAGUCUCUUCCAAGAUCCACUUUCACCACCGCGGAAUCAACCUCCGGCGCCGCCGCUGACGACGGAGACUCAACGGAAUGUGCUAUUUGUCUCACUGACUUCGCCGACGGUGAAGAAAUAAGAGUGCUUCCUCUUUGUGGACAUUCUUUCCACGUGGAGUGUAUUGACAAGUGGCUAGUUUCUAGGUCUUCGUGUCCUUCUUGUCGCCGGAUUCUUACGCCGGUGAGAUGUGACCGGUGUGGUCAUGCUUCGACGGCGGAGAUGAAAGAUCAAGCUCAUCGUCAUCAACAUCACCAACACUCUUCUUCCACCAUUCCUACGUUUCUUCCUUAAUUAACACUAAUUUUUGUUUUAUUAUGGCAAUAAUUGAUUGCAUAAAAGUUAUGUAAAGUGAGUUUAAUUAGGAAUAGAGAGGGAUCUUAAAAGUUUUUUUCUCUUCGUUUCUUGUAAUCCACUGUACUUAAUCAAAUCUCAGAUGGAGUUCAAAUUUCGAGAUGUUUGUUUAUUUUCGAAAAAAUCUAAUUUACAAGAA